AUGGCUGAGAUAAGUAUCCUCGGCAAGUGCCGCGAAGUUUCCUCUUCCUCCAAGAUCAGCGAGCAAACAGCACACUAUCACUGUACAUUUUCACUGUCUGGAGCGUGUUCAGUACGUUUAUCUCUCCGAUCAGCUCAAUUAAUGGAAACCAUUGCGAGUUAUCCAAAAACUAAUUCUACCCUUCCGGUAUUGAAAACAAUUCCUCGCUUCGACUUAACACAAUAUUCUGUUUCCGUUUCGGUGGAUGACGUACCUUCUCCUGAUGUAGUUUCUGUCGAUGGAAAGAAUUUUAACGAUGGUGCAAGUGGAAAUACUUCUGACUCCAUUGUACUGUCAGAAAUUCAGGAUGAGAACAGCUCACUAGACGACGACAUCGUCACCGUCGUCCCUAAUUCUGACGAUCAAUCGCGACCCAGUAAUGCACUUGAGAAUGGAUGUCCUUCACCAACUGAUAAUGUUACAGGAAAUCUCACUAGUGAUGAACAGACAGAUAAGAUUGGCUCAAGGAAAAUAAAAGAUCUCGAUGCCAUGGGAGAUGUGAAGACGACCUCCGUGCCAGUUAUCGCCAUGGAUCCUGAAGACUCACUCAACUCAUCGGACGAACAGCCACUACAAGAAAACGACAUUAGCAAUGCACCUUCAGAAGCCAAUGCUUCACAAGAUGAUCCUGAAAACAUCCCCAAAAUUACUAAUAUUCCAAUUCUGAAGCUUACAAGAACAAAUAGGGAGGAGUGCAAAUCUUGGAGUAAGUGGUUGUUCGCUGAAAUCCUGAAAAUACAUGAUAAAACACCGGAUCAUAUGGCUUUGAUCAAUGAAAUCGGCGAGAGGAAAUACAUCACCUACAGCGACCUUAUAUCAAAUACGAACAAAGCAGCUAAUUUCCUUCAUCAUCAUGGAAUCAACAAAGGUUCACAUGUGGCGAUUUGUUUGGAUAACAGCGUUGAAUUCGUUUAUUAUCAAAUUGCACUCUAUCUUAUUGGUGCCGUCCCUGUACUUUUGAAUCCCGGACAUGUUGGAUCAGGACGUUUUCCACGUUUUGACUGUGCAGCAGUUCUUGUGGACACCACAUACUAUGGACACAUUUUACGACUUUUUGAUCACUUUGUAGGGGCAAUGCAAAUAUUUGUACUGACAGACGACUUGGGAAGCCUGUACAUCCCACGUUUCGUAUGGAUUAUAGAUGGAUUCGGUUUUCUGGAUUUCCCAUCGGAAACUUAUCUUUGUCCGGAUGAGAACAGGAAUGAUAAUGAUGUUGUAGCAUUCUCUACAAGUGGCACCACUUCCCAAAAGAGUAAGAUUGUCGCGCAUGGAUCUGCCAGUGCACAUCGUCUUUGUACACAAUACCUGGAUGUUUUAAUGUCACAUCUUAUCGACAUGGUAUCUGAAUGUCGUACUCAUUUACUAGUAACUAGCGGACUGCACACAGUAGACGCAUGGUCACUUCUGAUUUAUUCACUUAUCUCGGAUCAAACUCUGAUUAUCACCGAAACGAACUCGGAUGUAUGGGCUGCAUCAUCCCUGGAUCGGAUAACUGAACUGAUUCGCAUAUACGAUGUGGCCCUGAUCACCUCAAAUGCACAAUUCUUAAAAAGCUUCGUGAAAUAUGAGACAGAGAAAUUGUACGGAAUCAGUUCACUCAAGGUAGUUUCGUACAGCGGAUCACCUCUGCCGGUUUCCAUUGCAAAGAAGUUCCACGACGCCACCGGAGCAUCAGUUGUCCAAUCUUACUCAACAACUGAAAUCGGUCCUAUAUCGUGUGGCUUACAAAAUUUUGAUAACUCAAAUGCGUUGAGUUGUGGAAAUACAUUUGAUGGAAUAAGCGUCAAGAUUACGGAUACCGAUGAGGAGAGCGAAGUGGAACCUGGAUCAUGGGGUCGCAUAUUACUACAAAGCCCAAUAAAGUGUUCCCGUUAUUUUGGUGGCAGAAUAAGUGACACUUUCACGAAAAACAAAUAUAUACGAACAGGCGAUGUAGGGAUGUUGGAUGAACAAAAUCGUCUCUACGUGGCAGGACCAGCUGACGGAUUAUUGACACUGAAUGAGCAUACAAUCGUCUCCCCACUACUGGAAAAUGCAUUGCUCGGUCAUCCAAGUGUCGAUGAUGUAGUAGUGGCUGUUAUGAAUGAUGAACUUACAGCUGGUGUAGUUGUGAAGGAAGAGGAACAGCCUCCUACUCUGGAAGAAUUAAAUGAAUACAUCAAAGACCUCAACAUGGGACUGCUCACAAAACUAGUGUUCGUAGAUUUUAUUCCACGAUCCGAAACAGGAAAAUUGAUGCGCUCGGAGGUUCUUUUCCUACUUCAGACCGAAGAUGAUGGUAGAGUAGUCGGAACGUGUAUUGUAUAG